CUCCUUCCUCACCUCGUCAGGUAGAGGACCGAGAUCUCCGCGGUCUCAGGGUCACAGUCUGGAGGAGCUUCUGCCUUCCGCGCUGACUGCUCAAUACAAACUUCAGACCACAAACCCGUUUCUCCAUAAACAUGAUUUAUUCGGUUCUCCUCGGGUUGGCCGUUUCUUGCUUACUUUUUCUGUACGUUCGUUUCCCGUACUUUACUCAGGAUUUUAUUUUCGUACUCAGAACGGUUAACAUCGGGAGGCUGGUGAACCGGUUCGGCCGCGCAUCGCCGUGCUACACGAUUCUGGACCGGUUCGCGGACAUCGCGCGGAGUCACCCGCAGAAGCCCUUCCUCGUGUUCGAGGGUGAGGUCUUCUCUUACCGGGACGCGGACCGGAUCAGUAACAGAAUCGCAAACGCGCUGCGGGAACGCGCGCUCGUGCACGCGGGUCAGACCGUGGCGCUCUUUCACGGGAACGCGCCUCAGUACGUGUGCACGUGGCUCGCUCUCGCCAAACUGGGCUGCACUGUCGCGCUGCUGAACACGAACCUCAGGAGUCGAUCUCUGUUGCACUGCUGCGACUGCUGCUGCGCCACGGCCCUCAUCACUGAUGCAGAUCUGGCUCCGGCGGUGGCCGAGGUUCUGCCAUCUCUGCACAUGUGCGGCAUGUCUGUGCUCCUGCUGUUCGGCAGCUGCAAGACGGACGGCAUCGUCAAUCUGUCGGCUGCGGUACGCGGUGCAUCAGAAGAGGCUCCGCCCCUCAGCCUGAGGAGUGACAUCAGCAUCCGGAGCCCCGCCCUCUACAUCUACACCUCAGGCACCACAGGUCUUCCUAAAGCGGCAGUGAUCAGCCACCACAGACUCUGGCUGAUGUCGUUCCUGCAGCGCAUGACAGGUGUGAGCUCCAGAGACAUCCUCUACAUCUACCUGCCCCUGUACCACAGCGCAGGCUUCCUUGCCGGCCUCACCGGAGCCAUAGAGCGGGGGAACACAGUGGUGCUGAGGAGGAAGUUUUCUGCGUCUCGGUUUUGGGAUGACUGUCGGGAGCAUGAGGUGACGGUCAUCCAGUACAUCGGAGAGGUCAUGCGUUACCUGUGCAACACGCCCAAGAGCGAGCGUGACCGUGAUCACCGUGUGCGUCUGGCUCUGGGGAACGGCAUCACAGCGGCGACGUGGGAGGAAUUCCUGCGCCGCUUCGGGAACGUGCACAUCUGCGAGUGCUACGGAGCCACCGAGGGAAACAUCGGAUUCCUCAACUACAGCGGGAAAAUCGGAUCCAUCGGGAGAGUGACUGCCAUCCACAAGAUGCUCAUUCCUUUCGCCUUCAUUAAGUUUGAUCCGGAGACGGAGGAGCCGGUGCGAGACUCCGCUGGACUGUGUGUCGAGGUGGCUCCAGGUGAAACCGGGCUGCUGGUGGCAAAGAUCAAUAAAAUCGCUCCGUUCAGCGGCUACGUUAAAAACCCUGCGCAAACAGAGAAGAAGAAGCUGAGGAACGUCUUUAAGAAAGGAGAUCUGUACUUCAACACUGGAGAUCUCAUAUUAGCCGACCGCCGCGGCUUCCUUUACUUUCAGGACCGCAUUGGAGACACGUUCCGGUGGAAAGGAGAAAAUGUGUCCACGACUGAAGUGUCUGAGGUUUUGCUCAUGCUGGAUUCUAUUGAAGCUGCAAACGUCUACGGUGUGAGAGUAUCAGGUCACGAGGGACGGAUCGGGAUGGCGGCUCUCAAGCUCACAGACGGGACGGAGUUUGACGGAUCUGCCACAUACAAACAUGUGAAGAAGCUCCUGCCGGCAUACGCCAGACCACACUUCAUCAGGAUACAGGACGAGCUGGACGUGACGGGGACCUUCAAACAGGUCAAAGGUCAGCUGGUGCAGGAGGGAUUCGACCCAAACGUCAUCCAGAGUAAACUCUUCUUCCUGGACGAGUCGAAGCAGACGUUUGUGCCGCUGACGCAGGAGCUUUACAGUUCCAUCACGAACGGACACACCAGACUCUGACGAACACACAACCAGAUGUCAUCAGCCGGAAACAAAACCGUAAACUGGUUUUACAGAGAGGAUCAUUUAAAUACAGUUAAUACAUAAUACAUCACGUAUAUACAUCUGCUCGUUAUUAUUAUUACAAUCAUACACACGUUAGAACAACAACACUAGAAAUGAAAUCCAAGAUUACUGAAACUUAAUAUUAUUUCUAAUAUUCAGUCAAAAAAGACUUUAAAUAAAUAAAUGGUACACUAAUACAAUUUAUUUACUGUAUUUUCCAGACUAUUUUAAUAUUUUUAAUAAUAAUACAUCACACUUCUUUAUAUCAUCACAACUCAUCAUAUGCAGUAUAAAUGUAUCUGUAUACAUGAAAAUAUAAAGCCGCUUUUAUCUUUAUGAAGGGGAUCAUCAUAUUUGAGUAAAUGAAAUUGUUUAAAAGGACCAGCUCUGGACAGGCAUCAUUUCAUCAGGUGCAUUAUGGGAUGCUUUAAACACACAUGAGGAAAGAGUUAGAUGUUGUUCAUGUUGUUUCUCUUUCUUCACUAUUAUAUCAUCUCACACGUGUACAGAACUGAUGUUCAGUCAGUCAUACACCAGAAGCUUUUUAAUAUCAUGAUGAGCACAUGAAGGUCUCUACAACAAAAAAAAAUUAAGAGUUUUAUAACUUCACAGGCAUCAGUUAUUUUUGUCUUCAUCAGGGAUUACUAAACCUUUUGUCAUCCUGAAAUAUUCACUUAAACUUCCCCUUCAGUGUUUCAGCCACGGUCACGGUUCUCUGCUGGGGGUUAAUAGUCACAGGUACAGUAGAGAGUUUGCACGUGAGAGUGUGUGUGUGUGUGUGUGCGAGAGUUUGCAUGUGUGUGUGUGUGUGUGUGUGUGUGUGUGAGAGAGAGAGAGAGAGAGAGAGAGCUUGCAUGUGUGACAGUGUAUGUACGAAAGUAUACAUGUGUGAGAGUAUGCAUAUGUGAGUGUGUGUGUGUGUGCGAGAGUUUGCGUGUGUGUGUAUGAGAGUAUACAUGUGUGAAUGUGUGUGUGUGUGUGUGUGUGUGUGUGUGUGUGAGUGUUGUUACGACCCUGUCUUUCCCCUCUCUGCCUGUUGGUGGCAGUGUAAAAUCUAUGUGUGACGUCACUGCCAAUUAAAGACAUUAUGGGCGGAGAGUAUAAAAGGUGUUACUGAUCUGCUGGAGGACACUUCCUCUGGUGGAACAUCAUUCUCCAGAGAAGUCUUUUUGUUUAUUCUUUUGUCAAUGUUCUUUACCCCAUUGGAUUAUUUGUUUUUGUUUAUAUUUCAAUAAUGUAUACCUCAAUCCCUAGACUUUGGUGUUUUGUUUCAGUAAAAUUGCUUUUUCUUUUAAAUAAAUAAUCUUG